ACCUGCUCUUGACUAGUUUGCUGGCAUCCACACAAGUCGAGUCUUUUUUCCUUUCCCGUGCAGGCAUCUACACAUGCUCAAAUCGAGGCUCAGUAUUGAUCUUGCCGGGAGAUAGCUUCAAUUUUAGGCAUACAAUGGAUGUUUUUACUUUGAUAGCAUUUGCGAGUACUUGUUUUCUAAUCUUCUUGAAAGCCUCCACAGCAAUUGACUCCAUUUCUCCAUCUGAGCCUCUCCCCCAUGGAAAGACCUUAGUUUCCAAUGAUGGAAGCUUUGAGUUGGGUUUCUUCCGUCCAGGCAGUUCUGGGAACCGGUACUUGGGAAUUUGGUACAAGAACAUCCCAGUCGGUACAGUUGUUUGGGUUGCAAACAGGGUGAAUCCAAUAAAUGACUCUUCUGGCAUGUUGAUGGUAACAACCACUGGUGAUCUUCAGCUUCUGAGUCAGAACAUAACUGUUGUUUGGUCAGCUAACUCAACAAAAGCAGCUCAGAAUCCUAUACUGCAGCUCCUGAAUUCUGGCAAUCUUGUUUUGAUAGAUGGCAGGGAUGGAAAUUCGGGAGCUUACUUGUGGCAAAGCUUUGAUUAUCCAUCUGAUACACUGCUACCGGGGAUGAAACUAGGAUGGGACUUGAGAACUGGCCUUGACCGGCGUCUCUUAGCGUGGAAGAACUCUGAUGAUCCAUCUCCUGGUGACUUUACUUGGGAAAUUGAACUACAAGGUAACCCUGAGGCUGUGCUCUGGAAAGGCUCACAGAAAUACUUCCGGAGUGGCCCCUGGAAUGGCAUAGGAUUUAGUGGUGCCCCAUAUUUAGGUCCUGAUAACCUAGUUUUCAGUUAUGAAUUUGUCUCCAAUGAAGAGGAGGUCUACUACAUGUUUUCCCUCAAAAACAAGUCUCUGCUCUCAAGGAUUGUUCUGAACCAAACUGACUACACAAGGCAGAGAUACACAUGGAGUGAGGAAACUCGAACAUGGAAGCUUUUGACAUUCGUACCUAACGAGUACUGUGACAAAUAUGGGCUUUGUGGUACAAAUGGGAAUUGUGACAGUACUCAACUUCCAGCCUGCCAAUGUUUGAAAGGAUUCAAGCCUAAAUCACCAGGUGGAUGGAGCUCUGGCGACUGGUCUCAAGGAUGUGUCAGAAACAAACCAUUGAACUGCCAGGCAGGUGAUGGAUUUAUCCAAUUUGGAACAUUGAAACUGCCUGAUGCUACCCAUUCAUGGGUAAACAAAACUAUGAGCCUCAAGGAAUGCAGGGGAAAAUGCUUACAGAACUGUUCUUGUAUGGCAUAUACUAGUUUGGAUAUAAGAGGAAGAGGUAGUGGCUGUGUCAUUUGGUUUGGUGAUCUAGUUGAUAUUAGACAGUUUCAAUUUGGGGGGCAGGAUCUGUUCAUUAGGAUGUCUGCUUUGGAAUUAGGUUAUGGUAAGAAGCAAGUAGUGAUUAUUGUCAUCUCUGUAAUGUUGACUGGAAUGGUUGUCAUUGGAUUAUUAUGCUACAUAUGGAUCAAGAGACGGAGGAAGCAAGGAGGAGGUGAAAAUGAGGAGAUGGAGUUACCAAUAUUUGAUUUAACGACUAUUGUGAAAGCAACAGACAACUUUUCAAGUGACAACAUGCUAGGACAAGGUGGCUUUGGACCUGUUUACAAGAUGUUGAUCUACGAAUAUAUGCCCAACAAAAGUUUGGACUACUUUAUCUUUGAUCAAACGAAAAAGGCAUUGAUAGAUUGGCAGAGGCGGAUGCACAUCACUGGUGGAAUUGCUCGUGGGCUUCUUUAUCUUCAUCAAGAUUCUAGAUUGAGGAUUAUCCAUAGGGACCUCAAAGCAAGUAAUGUCCUGUUAGACAAAGACAUGAACCCAAAAAUUUCAGACUUUGGUUUGGCGAGAAUGUUUCUGGGAGAUCAAACUGAAGCAAGAACUAAAAGAGUUGUUGGAACUUAUGGUUAUAUGUCUCCUGAGUAUGCGGUAGAUGGACACUUCUCAAUAAAAUCCGAUGUCUUCAGCUUUGGUGUGAUAGUACUCGAGAUCAUAAGUGGGAAGAAGAACAGAGGAUUUCACCACCCGGAUCACAAUCAUAAUCUUCUUGGACAUGUAUGGAGACUAUGGAUGGAAGAAAGAGCAUUGGAAGUAAUGGACACCAUGUUAGGUGACUCUUACACUGUUUCUAAGGUUCUACGUUGCAUUCAUGUGGCUUUGCUAUGUGUUCAGAAACGACCAGAGGACAGGCCAGAUAUGUCAUCCGUGGUUCUAAUGUUGGGCAGUGAGAAUCCAUUGCCUCAACCAAAACUUCCUGGUUUUUACGUUGAAAGGAAUCUACCAAAAGAAGAGGUUUCAUCAAGCCCGAUUAAAUGUGUUUCAGUAAAUGAAGUAACAAUUUCAAAGUUGCAGGGACGGUAGAGCAUCAUCACCUGAAAUAAAAAUGUUAAACAUAAAAGUGGAAGGCUAGUAUACGUAAUGUAAUAGUAAACAUCCUAGAUGUCAUUUUCUUGGCAGUAAUGAGCUAAGAAAAUUGUGUAGCAUGUUAUGUAAUGUCUCCAGCGUCUCUUCAAAUUACAAGGUUGACUACUACAGUUACAUGGAUUGAGGCUCCUAAGUUUCUUUUUCUUGGCAGAAUCCAUAGUUUCAAG